AUGAUUGCAGAAAGCUAAGAUUAUAUAACAUAUAAUACUUCAUCUUCAAUCCAAGAAAUAUAGUUAUUUGGUUAAAAAUUGACAAGUUUUAAGAAAUAACAAAAAGAAGAAAAUAGUAAAUCUUUUAAGUAGAUAUAAAUAGUAGGAAUCACAGCUCAGCCUUUAAUUUAAGAUACAUAUAUUAAUUUUCCUUCUGAAUUAAUACUUACAAACGAUGGAGCACUGAGAUUCUUCCAUUCUCAAAAUUGGCUAAGCUUUGGAUUUUAGCAAAAUCAUAUUGCUGAUGUUAAAUAACUAAAAAGUUUAGGAGUAGUAUAAAUUUCAUUUGAAAAGAAAGGUUUAUAAUAAUAUUUUUAAAUGGAUUAAGCCUUAUAAAUAAUUAAAAAAAUUCCUACUAUCUAGUAUGCUUCUGCUGAAAAACUAAUAUAAAAGUACUACAAUUUAGCAUAUUUUUUUAAAAAUGUUAUAUAGAAUACAGACGAAUAUAUUUAAAAUUUAAGAGAGUAUGAGUUUUUAUAGUUUAAGAAUGUAUGCUAUAAUUUUAUGAAGCAGUAUACUUAAUAGCAGAGUGUAAGUAAAAUGUAUUCAUAUUCAUUAGGAAGGUUGAGCUUAUAAUCAAAAGAAAUUGAAACAAUCGAAGUGGGUUACUCCCAAGAAUAUUUGGAUUUUUUAGGUUUGAGCUAUGAUAAUUUAAGUCAUAUAGCUUUGCGUAAAUAAAGAAUAGAUCUUAUAUAAAACGUUUAGGACAUAACAAAUUAAUCUUUAAAAGCGAUUUAGAAAAUAACCAGCUGUGGUAAUAAAUAAGAUGACUAUUCUGAGUCCGAAAUCGUGACGUUUGAUGGGUUUCCAAUAAAAAUUUAUUAAAAAAAGAAUAUUUUUAGUGAAUUAUUUAAGCACUAAUAAACUUAUGGAAUUGAUUAAUAAUUUUUUUUAGCAAUAACAGAGAUAGAUUUAGAUUUAAAAGAUCUUGAAAAUUUAAUUAUGUAUAGGUAAAGAAUUUAUGAAAAUAAUGAAAAACUGAGCAUAGAUGAUUUCCUCAGAAAAGAGCUUUCAUAUAAAUUUGAGGAUGUGGAGUAUUCUGUUCACUCUCAAGCUUUUGUAGAUAAAUUUUAUAAUGAAAAUGUUCAAUCAUUAAAAAAACUCUUAUAAAUGGAUGAAUUAAAUCAUCUUCGCUGUAAAUUCAAAUACAUAGAUAAAAAUACUUACAAUAAAAAAAAUAUUUGA